AGUAGCAAGUAAUCACACAAAAUAUAAAAUAACAGAGUAAUAUAAAAAAAUAGCAGAGUAUAUACAUGAGAUAUCUAGGUAAGGUGCAGAACGGCAAAGGAUAAGGUGCGAAUACAGUCUUAAAGUGUUAAUUGUAGUUCAGGAUAAAUUGUUCUGUCCUGUGUGGAGAAAGGGGAUGAGUUGAAGAGUCUGACAGCCACAGGGAGGAAGGACUUCCUGUGGCGUUCUGUGGAGCACCUCGGUGGUCUGUUGUCAUGAAGACAUAUAAAGCAGCAGACAUAGCAGGCUCUCAUUAGUUACUGCAGCACAGCAGAAAUGUGAAUGUUUCUCAUUUAAAGAAGUCUCUUUAAAUGUAUUUAAAGGUUCAGUGACGAUAGGGAGUAAAUGGUAAGUUUCUGUUGCUUGUGAGGUUUUUUUUUUCCUUUUCGUCUGGUUGUGCUAAAGCAGUGAAGCCGUGUUGUCAACGAAAAGCUCAGUAAAUAUGGCAAUAAUGCCUGUGUUAGAGGAAUGUUCUUAAUUAAAAAAUGAGAAGCAAAGCUUUUUAUAAUUUGCAAACUGUUGUCAUUUUGUCACCUAAAACAAGAAUGAUGGUAAAUUCAACUUUGUCUUAUUUCAUUCUUAGUGCUUACAUACACGUGGGAAAUCUGAGAUACUUCUAUUUUGUGUUAACUGCACUGCUUUACUUUGUUAUUCUUGUUGUCAACACGUCACUCAUCGUGGUUAUCUGCAUGAACAGAAGCUUACAUGAACCUAUGUACAUUUUCCUGUGCAGCCUGUUUGUAAAUGAACUGUAUGGUAGUACAGGGUUGUUUCCAUUCCUGCUGGUUCAGAUCCUCUCUGACGUUCACACUGUUUCUGUUCCCUUCUGUUAUCUGCAGAUCUUCUGUUUGUACACAUAUGCACAUGUAGAGUUUAGUAACUUAGCCGUCAUGUCUUAUGACAGAUAUCUCGCUAUUUGUUAUCCUCUACAAUAUAACACACGUAUGACAUCAAACAAGGCAGCCAUUUUUAUUGUUGUAAUAUGGUUGUACUCUUUUGUGAAAUUUUUAAUUACUUUGUCCUUAAACAUCCGUUUGCCACUUUGUGGAAACAUCAUAAACAGUUUGUAUUGUCAUAACUACCUUGUUGUCAAGUUGGCUUGUUCUGACACCAAAGUGAACAACAUUUAUGGACUUUUUGGUACUGUUCUCACUGUCUUAGUCCCUCUCAUUCCAAUCCUUUUCUCUUACACAAAAAUUCUUAAAGUUUGUUUUUCUGGUUCUAAGCAGACCAGACAGAAAGCUGUCAGUACCUGCACACCUCACCUGGCUUCUCUGCUCAACUUUUCAUUUGGUUGCUGCUUUGAAAUACUUCAGAGUAGAUUUGAUACGACUGGUGUACCCAGUAUGCUGCGAAUCCUUCUGUCUCUGUACUUCCUCAUCAUACAGCCUCUUCUCAAUCCAAUCAUGUACGGACUGCAAAUGACAAAUAUUCGACAUACAUGUAAACAAUUGCUCUGUUAUAAAAUGUUGACUGGUUGCACAGAUACUUUGUCAAUGUGAAAACAAAGGUGUC